CCCUUCCUGCCUUUCUCUCUCCCCCCCUCCUCCGGCUGCCACUCCCUGAUUGGGGCGCUGGAAGGCGACUCCCCGGCAGGAGAGAGGACAGGCGGGGAGGAGGGGGUUAGGAUGUAGCCCCUCCUGGGGAAGGACAAGGGCUUCCCACCCUCCCCGAUCGCUCCUGCUGUUGGAGUGAGUCAAGGGCUUGGCUUCCCAAAGGGGCGCCCUCAGGACUUUCUUCCCCAAGUCGUGCUUUUUAAAGAGAAGCGAAAGCAUCUUUUGUCCCACCGGGCCUGGGAGGGGAGGGGGGGAACAAGGGUGUGGAGGCUCGGAGAGCUUUUAAGCUCUGCACACACACACACCGCCCGCCGUAGCCACAAAAGCGGAGAAGUCCUUAGGGCGGGGUGAGCCAUUGUCUCGCUGGAAAGUGGAGAGGAGGGGCGCGACUGCACGAGGGGAUCCGGAGGGUGGGCGUGCAGGAGCGCGCGUUCUCCCCCCCUCCCUUGCUCUCCCCCGUCCUCCCCCCCCUCCCACUUCCCUCCCCGCGUGUGCUGUGUAGCCUGCAGCGGUUCCGGUUAAUUGGCUUGCGGUCCUCUCCCUGGAAACAUCUGGAGGGGAGGGAAGAGGAGGAGAGCGGGGGUUGGGGAAAAAGAUAACCCACUCCGGGCAAAGUCUGCUGGACUCAAGAUGCCUCCGGCGGUCCUGCGGGGAAAGCCGUCUCGUCGCCCCGAGGAAGUCCGCAGCAGGGGGGGAAACUUCGGGAUCGCGGAGGAGAGCCCAUCGCACGUAUGUAUGCAGAGAUGAAAAGAUUUUCCUGCCUUGCCGAAAAGGAAGACUUCGGUGUAGGAACAGCUUCUGCUUGAUGAAUUGGCCGCCUUUGCUACUACAGGAAGGGCUGUGGCAAAGAAUACAUCUCCAUCCCAUUGACAUGUUCAGAAAUCCAGCUGAACCGUAGCAACUUCAUCAGCGGAAUUAAUCACUACACAGAAACCAGCUGAGGCACUAUUAUGCUGGAUUCGUCAGUGCUUGUGGCUGGGGUAGUCAUUGGAGUGGUCCUCUUUCUAUCCUGCGUGGCCAUCUUGAUUGGCAGCCUGCGAAAAAAUCACUGCUUUCGACAUCUCCAGCUGUGGAGCGAUGCCAGCUACACUCCAGACUGUUUUUCCUACGGUGGCUCCGUCGGAGAGCUGAGAUCCAGCUGUGCCGAGGAAUUCCCGCCAACAUUUUACUUUAGCUCUUACAUGGAGGCACUUUCCCAGGCCAACAUCAUACAUGCAGAUUCACCGCCACGGUACGAUGAGUGCGUUGGGCCCGGAGCAGCUCAAAUCUACCUUCCAACGGAAGAUCCUCCACCGUAUUCUCUGAUAGACCCUUGUCAGCAGAACGACAUGUCUAUAAACAAUCCCUUGGAAGAAAGGGGAUCUACCAGUGCAACAAUGGGACAGGGUUCUGAGGGUUUGGUUAGGAUACAGGACCUGCGUCAACCUUCCACGGCCUUGUCGUCAUCCUUCCCAACCGAAACGGCGCCUCCGUACGAGGCUGUUGUGUGUGAACAGAGUGUUCCUCUCCCACAAGCCUCACUUGCUCUGCUGAAAGGUUCAGCAGAUUAUCACCGGACACUUUUCGACAGAAUUGCGUAAACGAGUUACGCCCGUGGGGACAUCGGAAAGGAAGCCUUCCAGGCGAAAGACACAUGGAAAGCUGAACUGAUCACUUACCCCACCGAUGGACUUGCAUCCAAACUUUUUCUCUUUUUCUACUUCGAACAGGGCUAGGCUGGGCUGCUUUUGGAGACACGGGUUUUUUUUUCUUUCUUUAGUGGUAGAACGUCUUUGGAAAGCUAGCCUAACUAUGUCUUUUGCACCGUUUCCUCUCCCACUUUGAAAAUGUAAAACACCAAAAGCAAUGCUAAGGAAGGUGGACAUCUCCAUUUUUAAGAUGUCUCCUGCUCACCCAGGGGGCGUAUGGAAUUGUCAAUUCUUGUGGGAUCUUCCCCGGUUGGGGGAGGAAAAGUUGCCCAGAAUCAACUUUGUUGAGAUGGGCAACUCUAUAAAUUUGAUGAAUAAAUAAAAGGCAUUUUUUAAAAAAAAAAAAAAAAGUACAACCAAUAUUUUAAGCAUUGCUCGUAAGCCGGCUGAAAUAAAUAACAGAGGAAGGGAUUCUUUGUAAGGAAAAUGUGGGUUGGAUUUUACAAAACGCACUAUGUGGGCUGGCUAGUUUGCAUCUCAGUGUGGUCUGGGAAAAUAGCCAUCCUGAAGCCAACCGGUCUGCCUAUCAACACGACCUACCUCGCAGGAGAGUUGGGAAGCUAAUAAAAUAGGGAGAACGCCAUCCAUGUUGCUCUGAGUAAUUAUGAGUAAUUAUGGAGUAAGUUCAUAACGACCAUGAUUCAAUGUAUGUACCAAAAUAUGAUUCGCCAACUAAUAAUUGACUACAGAUUUCUUGAAGUAUCUCAGAUCAUUCAUUUGUUUAUGGGAAUCUGAUUUUUUUUUUUUUCUGAGCUGUAACUCUGAAUUCUAGAAAGUAGUUUGCUGGUCUCCAUCCAUGGUUUUUGCAAGCAGGGAGCAAAAGAAUUCUUCUGCUGAAACUCUUAAGGAUUUUAAAUCUCUGCUUAGGUUCUUGAUGGCUUGCUGCUAUAUUCUUGUUUUACCGCGGCUGUUGUUUCUGUACUACAAAACAUCGAACGUCGUUAGAGAAUUUUAACCUGAGUAUUUUAUCACCUUUUACAAAAUGGUAUUCUUGCUCUUUUGGGAAAAGUGGAAGUUCUUCUCCUGCUCCAGAACUUUCUUUGAUCUUUCCCACUCAAGUCUAAAUUCAGUUCCUUAAGGCAGGGCUGUCCAACCUAAGUCCACUUGCCUUGGAAAAUGCUAGCUGUAGACCCAAAAAUCUCCAAACGUUCUGUCCAAAAUUUGUAUUUCCAUGGGUGAGUUUUAAUUUGAUACAAGGGAGAAAUGUGGCACAUGGUGGGGGAGAGGAGAAAUGAGCAUGAACUUGAGGCCCUUGUAUUUCAUUAACCCUUCCAAUCAAGUCAACUUUCAUUUUGGUCCUUCCCCAUUUAUUUCUGGAAGUCUAAUCUCAAAAGGACGUGGGCCUCUGACAAAGGACAUUCACUUCUAGCUAGAACACCCAUGCAUCAAAUUUCUUAUAAUUGAUUUCCCCCUUGUGACCAGCUGAAAUUUGAUCACAUAAGCUUGGGGAUACUGAAGUGGUCGUAAGUGUGAAAAAUGGUCAUAAGCAGGGGUGAAAUGCUCCCGGUUCGGACCGGAUCACCCAAUCUGGUAGCGAUGGUGGCGGGUAGUUCGGAGAACCUGUAGUGAAAAUCCUUGCCCCCAACCCCCCAUGCCCAGCUGAGCCACGCGAUCAUCAGAGGUUUUUUUUUUUAACUUUUAAAAGCAUUUUUUCUUCGGCUUUUUUCUUCCCCUCCCCCUCCCUUCAAACCCCCCCCCUUCCCCCAGACUUCCCAGAACAAACACAAGGUAUAGUUAAAAAUAAAACAAACAUAUGCUAAAAAUUUUCCCUCCUAAGUCAGUUAUACUCCUGCAUUUCUCAUCAGAUCCUAACCUCCCCCAAUGCAAUCAGAAAUAAUACAUCCUAAUCAUUCAAAGGUAAUCUGAUAUCUCUUCAUCUGAUAUCUGUUUUGAAUAUAGGAAAAAAUGCUUUUUAAAAUUAAAAAAAAAGCCUAUUAUGAUUGCCUGGCUCAGCUGGGAUCGUCAGAGGCUUUUAAAAGCAUUUUAAAAUGCAAAAGCAUUUUAAAAGGCAAAAAAUGCUUUUAAAAGAAAAGAAAAGCCUCUGACAAUCAGGCAACUCAGCUGGGAUCGUCAGAGGAGCUUUUUAAAAGCAUUUUUUCUACAAUCUCUUCGGCCAAGGUUGUAACUUUUCAAAAGUUAAAAAAAAAAAAAAGUUGGCCACGCCCACCCAGUCACUCCACCACCAAGCCACACCCACAGAACUACUAGUAACAAAUUUUACAUUUCACCACUGGUCAUAAGCCACUUUUUUCAGUUCCAUUGUAACAUUGAACAAGUCACUAAACAAACUUUUGUAAACCAAGGAGGACCACCUGUAUUGCAUUUAACUUGUAGAAAGUCUACAACAGUUUCUUAUCGAGCACAAAUCACAAAUCUUUGAUCCAUCUGGGAUCAAAUGUUUGGUUCCGAAUAAUAAAACUUUUCCUUCAGUUUUUGAUUUGGACCUUUCCCAACAAUUGCAUCUAUUCCCAAGAGCCAUACCAGAAGUCCACCCAUCUUAAUGUUGCCAAGUUGAGAAACAUGGAGGCGCUUCAUUUCCCAUGGAUGUCCCAUUCUUCCUCCACAGUUAAACCUCGACUUAUGACCACAAAUCGAGAGCAGAAUUUAUGUUGCUAAGCAAGAUGGUUGGAAAUGAGUCACGCCUGAUUUUAUGACUUUAUUUAUCAGGAUGGUUAAGCAAAUCAUGGCAGUUAUGAAACAAAUCACACGGCCGUUAAGCAAAUCUGGUUUCCCCCUGUCUACUUCGCUUGUCAGAAGCUGGCUGGGAGGUUCACGCAUGGCAAUCAUGUGAUCCUGGAACAUGACAGCCAUCAUAAAUACCGUAUUUUUUGGAGUAUAAGAUGCACCUUUUUCCCCCCCAAAAAAGAGGGUGAAAUCUGGGUGCGUCUUAUACUCCGAAUGUAGCCUCACCCAGCUUCUCAAACGGAGGUUUCAGAGGCUGAAAGAAACUUCAGAAAAGAAGCCUCCAAACAGAGCUUCAGAGGCUUUUUUUUCUGAAGUUCUGUUUUGGAGGCUUUCGGAGGCAGAAAAAAGUUUUUUCUGAAAUGGUGUUUCAGAGGCAGGGGGAAAAAAGCAAAAAAAAGCAAGGCACAGAGCUCACAACCAAGGAACCUGUUGCUAAAAUUCACCUCUGGGAACAGCUGAUUGGGGGUAUUCCGGGAGGCAAAUCUACCUGCCAAUCAGCUUUUUUCUUAGUUUCCUCCCUAAAAUCUAAUGUGCAUCUUAUACUCCCGUGCAUCUUAUAUUCCGAAAAAUAUGCUACAUACCAGUUGCCAAGCACUUGAAUUUUGAUCAUGUGGUCGUAGGGAAUAAUGCAACAUUUGUAAGAGGAAGGACCGGUCAUAUGUUUCCUUGUAACUUUGAACAGUCGGUAAAUGAAUAGUUGAGGACUAUCUGUACAUUGUAGCAAGAAUAGAAUAUGGUUUGUUUUGCUCUGUUUGUUUGUCUUUUAGCAAUCUUUAGAAAUGUAGCAGCAAAAAAGGUGGCAUUUGCCUCUGGAUAUAGAAGACUAAAUAUUGUAAAGCAUGGGAUUCCAUUAACAAUUAAAUGCAAAAACAAAAACCCCAUCUGUGGCAAUUACUUUACGCAGCAUAAUAGAAAGAGAACUGUAUUACUUCCUGCCGUUAAUUAAACAAUGGAUAUUUGUAUAAUGAUUCCAAAGAGAAGAGCAAUAAAAAAUAAUACAUGGAAAGCUUUUACAACAUGCAUUAAGCUGGCCUUUUUGGAGUUAGAAAUAGUCUAACAAUUUAAAUUUACAUGGGAUAAUUCUUUCGCCAAAUCUUAAAAUUCAAAAGCUUGCUCUAUAUUUAUUAUAUACGAAGGGGUGUUCUAAAAUAUUCCAACAUUAUUCCAAAAACUCACCCUGAGGAGGCCCACUCUGUGGGAGCGCACAGGUUGUUGGGAGGCUAUCGGUGGCAGAAGGCGGUCUCGUAGACAGCCCGGUCCUAAACCAUGAAAUAAU